GCAGCAGCAGCAGUUGCAAGCAGCGCCAGCCCAACACGCUGCGGGUGCUGUUCCACAGCAAGGGGUUCAGCAGCCUAAUGUUCAUCAGCAGCAGUCUCUGCAACAGCAGCAGACACUGCAGCAGCAGGCACAGCAGGCACUGCAGCAGCAGCGGGCAAUGCAGCAGCAGACUCUGCAGCAACAGCAGCAGGUUUUGCAGCAACAGCAGAGAAGUCACCAGCUUGCCUUACAUGCCAUGCACCAGCAGCGCCACCAGCAAGCCCAGGUUUUGUCCCAGCAGCAGGCGGUAGCGCAAGCACAGGUCCAUGCGCUAGCACGCCAGCAUUCUCAGCAGCAGCACAUUCAGCAGCAGCAGCAGCAGCAGCAGCAGCAGCAGCAGCAGCAGCAGCAGCAGGGAGUCGGGGUUGCCCAAGCCGCCGUCGCCGAACCAGUAGCCCGAGUGACUCAAAGCCCAGGCGGAGCAGCAGUGUUAGGCGUCCGUCAAGCAGGAGUGGUGACACCAGCAGGGCAAACGGCCCCCAGCCAGUACGUUCGAGCGUCGGAAGGGGCGGUUGCUUGGGCGGCGGCGCAGCACGUGCCGCAAGUAGCAGCCCAGCAGCAAGCUGCUGCUGCUGCUGCCGCUACUGCUGCUGCCGCCGCCGCCGUAUCUGCACCCGCUGCUGCUGUUGCUGCUUCAACCGCUACUACCGCUCAAGGACAAGCAGCAAGGGGUCAAGUUUCUGCUGCGACCCCCCAGGCAUCGCCGGCCUUCGCCCACACUUUAGCCGUGCAGCAUGCCCAAGCUCAGGCACAGCAGCAGCAGCAGCAGUUUACUCAGGCCCAAGCUGCUGCGACUCAGCAACAACAGGCUGCGACCGCUCAGCAGCAACAGCAGGUUGCCGCACAUUUGGCCCACCAGCAGAAGCUGCAGCUGCAGCUUCAGCAGCAACAGCAGCAGCAGCUACAGCAACAGCAGCAGCUACAGCAGCAGCAACAGCAGCAGCAGCAACAGCAACAGCAACAGCAGCAGCAGUCAUACACCGCCCAAGCUCAGCAGGUACAAGCGGCAAAAGCCGAGGAAGAGCGAAAGAGGACGCUUGCGGCAGCGGCGCAGGCCCAACUCGACGCCACGAAGCGACAAGUCGCCCUGAUGGAGCAGUCCCAUCACUCUCAGCGGAAUCAGCCAGUCCAUCAGCAGAACAAGAAGGAAGCGGUGGCAACCCCGCAAACUCAACAACAGCAGCAGCAGCCGCAGCAAGAACAGCAGCAACAGCAGUGGAGAGAUAGCGUUGCCUCCGCGACGGCUGCCGGGGGCGGUAGCGGGGCGGCGAAGUCGAUGGCCGCGAUGAAGCCGCUGCACCCGGUCGUGGUUCCCCCGGUGGAGCCCGAGCCGAAAGAAGCGAAGCUGGUCGGGCCGAUGAAUGGCAUGCGAUUGCCAGCGUUGAUGAAGGAGGUGGACCCGGCCUACUCGCUACACCCCGAUACGGAAGAGCUGCUGCUGGCACUUGCCCAAGACCACAUAGAGGGGGUGGCGGCCGCGGCGGUUGAGCUCGCUCAGCACCGAAAUUCGGACACUGUCGAGCUACAGGACCUCCAGUUGUGUUUGGAGAAAGACUGGGACAUGCCAUGGCUGGGCAUCGGAGCCCGGAAGAUGGCGGGCGCCGAGAGAGAGACGAAAGUCGGCCGGGCAAGGCUCAACACGGCCAUCGCAGCAGAGAGGGCAAAAUCCGCAUCUUCUAGUGGGAGUGCCUCUGCCGCCUGGCGAAAAAAAGCGUCUAAAAGGAGGAGCGCCGAGUCAGCGGCAGCCGCAGCGGCGGCUGCUGCUGCUGCUUCUGCGUCAAACAACGGUGGAGGCGGAGGUGCUGGCGGUGGCGGUGGCUCCUCCACGGUGAAGAGACCGCGGCAAACGGAGGCCGGGGCGGGGGCCGCCGGCGGAGCCGUCGGCGGCGGGGCAGUAGAGGUGCAAGGGGCGCGCUGAGAGCUUGAGGGGUGCGGCGGAGCGAAUAGAUGAAGGCGUCAUGCUUAGUUCUUGAACUGCGCAGCUGAUGCCGGACCAAGAGGGGGAGCGAACGGGAGCACAUGAAAAGCUCAAGUAUUUUAUCAGACUCUCAAUGUUUGGUGUAGAUCGGGCAGAGGGGCGAGCGGAUGUAUGUCGGACGACCGCAUGCUCGCGUUCAAGUUGGUAGCACCCGGCAGAGACAUGCAGCAAGCGCCGCGCAGGAAAGGAAAGGUGGGACGAAAAUGGCAGUCUUGUGUGACCUUCUUUCUGGCAACAUGUACCGCAAGGCGUGACAACGGAGGUCGGGAACAAAUGGAAACGGCCAGCAACACCUGGGGUCCCAGAGCAUGGCCGCCGUCGCUUGUUGCCCUUCUUCUUUACCGUACUAUGUUUCGUAGUCUAGACACUUCACACGAAACGAGUGAUUCCGAUGGAAGAAUAGGAGCAAGCAUAGUGGCACAGAUCACGGUCCAGAGGGAAGCUCUCACGGCAGGUAGGGAAGGUAUUUUGAAACGAUUGCGCGUGUACCGGGCUCACCAGCGCCCCCGGGCUGUACAGGCAAUGUGAAGGAGAUUGAUUCCCAGCGCGCAAACAUCGCCGCAUUCGUUCACCACCGGUGACACCGCGCGUGCCGCCACCACCGACCAUUAGCGAGAAAGUAGUACCAUUAGUUGGCCAAAAAAAUCAAGACGAAAAUCCGUACCAUGGUACCCUUCACACGUGGGUAUAUUGUAUUCGUGGCAUGGACACCAUGAUUUCCAUGUAGCGAGGUUUUUCACAGAAUGACACCCAAUUGUUACGGUGUACAUGGUUGCUACCGCGCAUCUAGCGGACACAACACGUGGGGUGAAUGACACUUGAAACAGCAAUGAUUCUGCUCGGCGUCGUGAUGAACGCAUGAUCGGGAAUACUGCUCUCUGCGGGUUGUCAAACAAAGGUUGCCAAUGCUGGCCAACAUCGCAUUACCGCCAAGGCGGUCGAUCAUGCGUUCAUCACGACGCCGAGCAGAAUCAUUGCUGUUUCAAGUGUCAUUCACCCCACGUGUUGUGUCCGCUAGAUGCGCGGUAGCAACCAUGUACACCGUAACGCGCUAUGUCGCGGAACUUCGUGCGCCCUCUCUCGUCCCGUCUUUCGACCGAAUGAAAGUGAUAUUGUCGGACAUGUUAUUUUUCCUGGAAUGAAAACUGGCAGCGGAGUAUUCAUGGAGCAGACGACAGCCUAGAGCAGCCCAACGCCCUCACCCAACCCCUCCAACACGGACGUGGACACGAAAGCGCUGGCUCAAGGGCACACUCACUCGCGUGCCACACCUCUAGCACUGCACGUGCGCGUGCGUGAACGCGGAUCACUUCGCUGCUCGCGUGCGUGGAAGGAUUGUCAUUGUUUCAGAACAGACCGAGCCUAUCGUACGUGCCUGUAGCCUUCGCUCACCACUCACCACACACACAUAACACACAAAUACAUAUGUGCGACUACUGUGCUGCCUCCGCUGCUGCUGGCGAUGCGGCUGAACCUGCCGGUGUGGCGCAGUAACAACAGCAUCCUCCCGUACCCCCGAAGCGGCGGCCACUGACCGAGAGCAAGAUAUCUAUAAAGAAAAACACCAGCAACGAAAAAACUGAUUGACAACAAGGUUGCCAGCGUACCCCCCCACACACACUGUCAGCUAGAGCUUGCGCGGUCGGGCAGGAACACAAAUCGCCUCUUUCGUCGCAACUUCUACGAAACAGGGAAGACAAAUGAACAGCAUGAGAAAAAAACUUGUCUCCUCUCGCGUAUCGCCACACACUCCGCUUCGGUCAAAAGACGGGAGAUCAGAACCCGCAAAAAACGACGACUCUAUAUUACCUUCACACAUUAACUACUAGACAUGGGGUGAGAUAGGCAGCCCGCGUCACCACCCAUGAUCUUGAUUCCACGAAGUUAUCAUCACAAAAAACGAUCCCUUGAUGUAACCCUCAACCUUACCCCCGAAAUGACCCACACCCCAAAACUCCGCUCCCGCAGCCGCGAAGAAACCAAACACUAAAAUUUGCCGAAUUUAUGGUCUCGGGCGCACGCAGUUUAUCAACACUCGCUCUACGCUGGUAACGACCCUUCCACGUUUAUUUUUGGAUGUCUUAAAAGGGUACGCGAAACAUCAAAGACAAAGAGCGAUAAAUCUAGCCUAUGCUAACGAACCAAGCCAAACGACAGAUCAACACAUCCAUAGGCCAUGCUGCGGGCAAGACGAAAACAAAACCACCAAGCUCCCUCCUCCACCUCCUCCAAUUCCUCCCAGCAGGUAGGAAGGCGUGCCAGCCAACAAGCGACCGAUGGUACACCACGUUGCUCAGCGACCAGGCCGCAACUUCUGCUCAGCACGUCACGUCAACGGGAAUUAGACGGCGGAGCUCCCUCAGUAGGAGAAAAAAACACCACAAAAAAAAAAUAAACCACGGAAGCCGAAUCCAGUCCCCCUCCCGCUCUUGCACAUUUGGGGGGGGGAGGGGUUAACACGUGCAGAGAUCGGCACCCACACGAGGAGAGAGUCGAGAGAAGACGAGGUUGGGGUAAGAGCUCGGAGCAUGCCACUCGCCGCCCGAAACGUCACAGGGGUUAAAGAACAUCCCCCCCCACCCCCCCACCCCCUUGCUUCCCCGCCCUCGGGUUCUUCUGUCCUCCCUCCCGGCUUCAACACUAUCGACUCUUCCCCCUCCUGCCCUUGUGUGGACAACGGGAAAGGAGUGUCACCCACAGCACCCAUUCCACGAUCCUCAUGUAUGCUGCCAACCGUAACCUUCCCGCACGAUGCUACUCCUACCCGACGCGGUGACCGUCCCCCAAGCUUCCUUCCCUUGCCUCCUUCCAGCGAACUCCGAGCCCGCCCGCCUAAACAAUGCGCCAAGCUCUCAGUCCACUCAAAAACAAGUUACGUCUUGAGCGUCAUAAUCACAAUUAGUUUUCAAACACACCGUAGUUCCCCUAUUCCCCCCUCCACC